CAACAGUUUUUCAGUUUCUUUCAAUCUUCCAAUUAUCUUUCAUUUCCAGCCGCAUACUAUUGACUAGUAUCCCGCUUUAUACAUCUUAAAUCUUUAAUUCUCAAUAAACCUUUUAAAAACCAACCAACCAACCCAAAUCAGCAAAUAUGCGUUAUACUAUCGCCGUCGCCGCUAUCAUCCCUCUCGUUGCCGCCCAUGGCAAGAUCGCAGUCAUGACUGGUGACAUGGGAGGAAACACCACUGGUCUCGGUAUCCAAGGUGCCGUCAUCCCUGGUGCCGGAACCAACAAGCAAACUGAGGUCGACACCACUGUCUUCAACAGCAAGAACGCCGCUACCGACGGUCUUGGAAAGACAAAGGCUGGUGCCAACACCAUGGCUGACAUGACUGCUGUCAUGGCUGCUUCCGGUUCCACCCUUCCUCAAGUUUCCGAUGGAGGUCAGCUCAGUGGAACUAUCCACAUCGUCACCACUGAUGGAGCUGGACCAUACUCUGCCAUUGUCGACCCAACUGGUACCGGUGCCUUCUCUCAAGGUACCCAAGCCAAGGUUACUACUCAAGUACCAGGUACCAAGGGUAACAUCGCCGCACCCAAGCAACGUUCCCUCGUCAUGAGAUCUCUCGUCAACAUGGGUAUCGUCAAGCGUGCCAAGAACGUCAACGAGGACUACCCCAUCGCCGUCUCCAUGCCAGCAGGCAUGUCCUGCACUGGAUCCGUCGGUGGUCAAGAGAAUGUCUGCUUGGUCAAGCUUGCUAACCCAUCGGGCGCUGGUCCUUUCGGUGGUGUCGCCGCUUUCCAAAUGGCUGGUGCUUCAACCGCUGGUGCUGCCGGUAAUGCUACCGCAGCUACCACCAAGAGAUCCAUCGGUGCCAAGUUCCGUGCUUAAAUCUUUCGCAAGAAUCAUUUAGGAUUACGGUAGUUGGUGUCGGGAUUCAUACCAGGAGUUGAAGGUCAGGAUUAGAAAUCGGGGAAAGGAUCUUGUGGGGAUGGGAUGGAGCGGUGGAGAAUUUUCAUUUGUUACAUAUUGGGGUUGUCCUUGGUUGUUGGAAAAAAAGAAAGAGAUAUACUACUCUUACAUUUUCAUAUUGUAUCUAGUAUAGCCACUCCUUUAUAAACUUAAUGUUGAUGCUCUUGCUGG